AUGACUGAUGAUUCUCUUCCAAUAGUUCCAUCAUCUGAUAGAAUAUCAUUAUCAAACGAUAAAAAAUCAUCGUCGUGGAAUUUUGAUGAUUUACAUCAUGAAGAUGAAUCUGAUAGUUCCAAUGAUUUUUUUUCUGUAUUAAAAAAAAAUGUUUCUAAACAUGUUUAUUUGGAUGAAGAUAUUUCAAAUGAUAAUUGUUUAUCAAAUAAAAUAACUGAACGUUCAACAGUUCGUCUUGAUAGUAGUGAUUUAAUAUCACGUUGUAAACAUUUUCUUCCAUUAUUAACUGAUGCUAAUCAAACAUUAUUUUCAAAAAUAAAAUCAGGUGAAAAUGUUCGUAUUGAAUUAGAUUCUGAUCAAGAUAAUGAUAAUGAUGGACAAACAAUUGAAAUGAAUUUAAUGUUUUGUCCAAAUGUUGAUACAUCAUCGGAAUCUAAUAAUACUUCUGAUGAAAGUGAUGAUGAUGAUGAUGAUCAAAUGAAAAUAACAACAUUACAAUCUAUUAAGAAAAAUAGUCAAGUUAAUAUUAUUGAAAUUCAAUCAACAAAUAAUAAUCAAGAUGAUAAUAAAUCUGAAGAUAUUAUAUGUAAAUCUAUCAUGUCAGUAUCUAUAACAAAUACAGUAGCUCCACAUGCAUCGACAGCAACUUCGAUUACAUCAGUAGAUUCAACCAAAAAUGCUGAACCACUUGCUGUUCGAGGUUAG